GACGCAGAACAGCACAGAAGCAGCAGAGUUAAUAGACAUUGAAGGAGGGAUAUUCUUUCCGAUAUCUGCACAUCGCUGAUAUUUAUGGAUGACUUUUCACUUUCGUAGUACCUUUAAGAGACGUGUUUAAAAAAAAAAAAAAAAAAAGGUUGAUAUGGUUUCCGGCGCCUUGGAGACGAUGAUGCUUUUCUUAAUGACUUGGAGUUACGGCGUCUCUUUCUCCAACUUCUCCGCGGACAACGAGGUGCGCUCCAGCUUCAUCCAGCGCCGGCUGAGGAGCCAGGAGCGCCGGGACAUGCAGCGGGAGAUCCUCUCCAUCCUGGGGCUGCCUCAGCGCCCGCGACCCUCCCACGUCCGGAGCCGACACAACGCCGCCGCCCCGAUGUUCAUGCUGGACUUGUACAACACGGCGGCCGCCGACGCUCCGCACAGCAGAUACUCCGGGUACAACCCUCACCUGGCCUCGGUGGUCACCCUGCAGGACAGCCGCUUCCUGGACGACGCGGAUAUGGUGAUGAGCUUUGUCAACCUGGCAGUGGACCAGGAUAAAGAACUUCUGUACCAGAAGCACCACAGGGAAGUCAGAUUUGACCUUUCCCGUAUUCCAGAGGGAGAGGCUGUCACGGCGGCAGAGUUCAGGGUUUUUAAGGAUUUUAUCCAGGAGCGCUACGAGAAUCAGACAUUCCGAGUCAGCAUCUACCAGGCCUUGCAGGAGGCAGCAAACAGUGAAGGGGAUCUGCUGCUGGUGGACCAAAGAGAAGUGUGGACCGCAGAGGAGGGCUGGCUUAUCUUUGACCUCACUGCCACCAGUAAUCUUUGGCUGGCCAACCCUGAGCACAACUUUGGCCUGCAUCUGGUCCUGGAAGACAGCCAUGGCCACAGGAGGAACCCCCGACUGGCGGGGCUGUCAACAGGCAACGGGGCGCGAGACAAGCAGCCCUUCCUGGUUGCCUUCUUCAAAUCCAACGAGGUUCGCUUUCGCAACAUCCGCUCCGCUUACGGCCACAAGGGGCGCCAUUCCAAUCGCUCAAAACCACAGAGGACCGUCCAGGAUGCACUCAAGGCAGUCGAGGCCGCCACAGAAACUCUGGGCAUUUCUAGGGAUGGAUGCAAAAAACGCGAGCUAUAUGUCAGCUUCAGAGAUUUAGGAUGGCAGGACUGGAUCAUCGCACCAGAGGGCUAUGCAGCAUACUACUGUGAGGGAGAGUGCGCCUUCCCUCUCAACUCCUACAUGAAUGCCACGAAUCACGCUAUUGUGCAAACUCUGGUGCACUUUAUCAACCCGGGAACAGUGCCUAAGCCCUGCUGUGCUCCCACACAGCUCCACGGGAUCUCCGUGCUCUACUUUGACGACAGUUCCAACGUCAUCCUCAAGAAGUACCGCAACAUGGUGGUCAGAUCCUGUGGCUGCCACUGACAGCUGCUCGUCCGUUGUACGAGGUCAUUUCUAACGAGAUGUUUUCAAGAAGAAGAAAAGACCUAGAGACAAGAAAUGGUUUACUACCUGUCACAGUUUCGGCUUUUAUAUAUGAGACUGUAUUUAUGACCUGGAGUUGAGCAAUUAGAACUACUGUUCACUCAAAAAGCUUUGUUUAUUCUGUUUAUUUUUGCCUUCUUCAGAGCAACUUGGAAAUAUGCACUAAGGAAGUGUUUUUCAACCACUGUGCUGCGGCACACAAGUGGACUGUGACAUAUUGUCUGAUGUGUUGUGGGAGAUGAUCUAAUUUCACCUAUUUGGGUUGAAAUAUUUUUUGCAAACCAGUAAUUAUAGUCUGCAAAUUAGGUGUUGUUGUUGAGUGUUGGUGCUGUCUAGAGCUCGGCAGAGUAACCGUUUAACACUAUUCCAAAUCAGUAGGUAGCUAAUUGCUUUGUAGAUGUCGGAAACAGCGGUAGGCAGGGUGCAGGUAAAAAGGUAUGUAAUGCUUAAACCAAAAAUAAACCAAAGGUAAGUGUCCCUUAGAAAGGGUAUUGAAGCUUAGGGAAGGCUAAGCAGAACGAAACUAAAACCGAACUGGCUACCAAGUAGGGGUGUGGGAAAAAAUCGAUUCGAAUACAUUGUGCGAUUCAGAAUCGUUUCUCUUGUUUUUUUUAAAUACAUUUUUUUUUUUUUUAAUUAAUCCAACAAACCACUACACAGCAAUACCAUAACAAUGCAAUCCAAUUCCAAAACCAAACCUUACCCAGCAACACUCAGAACUGCAAUAAACAGAGCAAUUGAAAGGAGACACAAACACGACACAGAACAAACCAAAAGUAGUGAAACAAUAAUGAAUAUUAUCAUUAACAGUAUCAAUAUUAGUUAUAAUUUCAGCAUAGCAGUGAUUAAAAAUCCCUCAUUGACAUUAUCAUUAGACACUUGUAAAAAUAAAACAUGAAAACAAUAGUGUCUGAGUGGCUUAUACUUGCAUCGCAUCUCAUAAGCUUGACAACACACUGUGUCCAAUGUUUUCACAAAGAUGAAAUAAGUCAUAUUUUUGGUUCGUUUAAUAGUUAAAACAAAUUUACAUCAUUGCAAUCAGUUGAUAAAACAUUGUCCUUUAUAAUUAUAAAAGCUUUUAAAAAAAAAUCUACUACUCUGCUAGCAUGUCAGCAGACUGGGGUAGAUCCUGCUGAAAUCCUAUGUAUUGAAUGAAUACAGAAUCAUUUUGAAUCGGAAAAAUAUUGUUUUUGAAUCGAGAAUUGCGUUGAAUCGAAAAAAUCGAUAUAUUAUCGAAUCGCGACCCCGAGAAUCGAUAUUGAAUCGAAUCGUGGGACACCCAAAGAUCCGCAGCCCUACUACCAAGUAAACAAAAACAGAAUGCUGGACGACAGCAAAGACUUACUGUGGAGCAAAUACGGCGUCCACAAUGUACAUCCGAACAUGACAUGACAAUCAAAUAACUCCACACAAAGAAGGAUAAAAACAACUGCAAUAUUCCUUAUUGCUAAAACAAAGUAGAUGUGAGAAAUAUCUCUCAAAGGAAGACAUCAAACUGCUACAGGAAAAUACCAAAAAAAGAGAAAAAGCCACCAAAAAAGGAGCGCAAGGCAAGAACUAAAAGACUACACACAGGAAAACAGCAUAAAACUCCAAAUAAGUCAGGGUGUGAUUUGACAGGUGGUGACAGUACACCUACUUUGAGACAAGAGCUAUAGUGAAGGGUUAUGGUUUAAAGUCAUAUCCAACAAUUGCAGCAACGACUUCUUACUGUCAACUGAGUUUCUUUGUUUAAUGAUUUCCACUGGUGGUGUGCCUCCGGAUUUUUUCAACGCAAAAAAAUGUGCCUUGGCUCAAAAAAGGUUGAAAAACACUGCACUAAGGAAUACUUGAACUGGAUUAAACAUUACUGUUUGGAUCAGA